UUGUCCUGCAGUGGAGAGACGGCGGGACUCGGGAGCAUCCGCCGAAACAAGACGACGACGAGGACAACAGGGAUGAAUAAGUGACUGUGUCCACCACCUACGUCAUCAUGUCCAAACAGAGGACAGCCAAGACCCUGAUCAUCACGGACGAUGAAGAGAUGCAGCCUGGUGAGCUGAACCCCUUCUCCUUCAGAGAGUUCCUACGCUGGAAAAACGAGGACUUGGACCAGGACCAGGACCAGGACCAGGAGCAUCAGGCACUCAGUGAGGGCAUCUUUGAUGUUGGGACCUCAACCAUUGACUCUGAUGUCAGAAGCCAUUUCUUCCACGAGCCCUCUCUGGCACCACGGGAGGAAGAAGAGGAGGGGUGGGGGCGGAGCUUUCAGUCUGGUGUAGACAGCACUUCCUCCCUCUGCACAGAGGAGGAGGAGGACGAUGAUGAAGAGGAGACCAGGUUCUCCUCAAAACCUGAUGACCAGCAAAGAGGAGAAGGGGGAGGAGGAGGAGGAGGAGGAGGAGAGAACUAUGAAGGGGAUGAUGAGACCUCCAUGGCAGAACCUGGCACUUCCCUCAGGAGAAGGAGUGGAAGGAACAGCCACAUACAACAGGUAAAAGAGGAGAACAUGUUGUUAAAGAGAACCAUCCGGGAGCUGCAGAGGAGUUCAGACGCUAAUGAACGCAGAGUGGUGGAGCUGACUGAGGAGCUGCUCCACAGGAGGCGUAAAGAGGAGAAGGAGGCUCAGGAUCUUGAGAACAUGGUUCAGUCUGUGGAGCAGAACCUCCACCUGAUGACGAAGCGAGCAAUGAAGGCUGAGAACUGUGUGUCCAAACUGAAGGCAGAGCUUCAACAGCUACAGGUAGAGGUGGACUUGCUGCGGUCAGAGAACGACAGUCUGAAGGCGGCAGAGUCUCAGGUCAUUAUGACGAUGAGGCAAAAUGCACAGGUGGCGUCUGAGUAUCUGAACAAAUCGGCAAGCCACGCCCACACUUCCAUCAGUCAGCUGUUGAGGGAAGCAGAGACACUCCACCUGGUCUCGCAGCUCCUUCAGUCCAUCGACAAGAUUUCUACCAUCAGCUCAGAGUCCUGAACCCGUCCAGACUACACCUGCACCUUCCCUCUGAUGGACAUGAGGAUAUGGUUGUCAUGGAAACAGCACAGAAAGGACAUUCUGUGAGUCUCGAUCCUCACCUGUACUGAAGCGCUAAUGGCAUCACAGCAACUGGGGGGGACGUCUGGUUCCUGAUUGGUCAGUUUGUUGAACAUUGUCUCUUGAGGACAGAGUGAUGACAGCGACAUUGUAACAGACGGUGUCAUCAGGACUGAAACAUGUCAUCGAUCGUGCAGCUGUGAAUAUUUUACUCUAAUUAAACCUCUAUGUUUGUUUAUCAAA